AUGAUAACAUUCCAGGAAAGUGCUUCAAUUGAUUCUUCUGAAGCUUUUGAUGAUAAACCAAACGGUCUAGCAAAAAAUUCAUCAUAUAAUAACAACGUUCGUCCUAGAAACUCAGCAAACUCAAACGGAGGAUCUGAUACACUAAAAAUUAUUGGAUUGAUACUCGGAAUACUUUUACUUAUUGGUUUCAUCAGUGGUGCUAUUUAUUUUAUAACUCGAAAAUAUUACUUUAAUAAGUCUUCAUCAUCAUCAGUGAAUGUCGAAAAUGAAAAUGAAGAUUCAUAUUCUCUUGGUGAAGAUCAAACUCAACAAUCAUUAGCUGCAACAUCAAUGAAUGAAACAAAUACAGAUGUAUUUACGAAUCUACCGUCAAAAGAAGAUAAAACUUUUGUCACAUUACACUCACCUGAUGGAAAUAAACGUCAAAAAGCAGAUACUAGUAUGGUUUUUAACGAAGAUAUGUAA